AGGCUCCAGCAGGUUCAGGUGACGAUCGAAGAUUCGAAGCACAACCGCCCCAGCCAGUUCGUCCGUUUUCCCAUACCCACUACACCACUAAACUGCACGAGACGACCGCCUGAAUUCUCCAUCGUCUUCUUCACCCGCCGAAAUCCUGCAAAUCUCACCGGUCUUAAUGAGCCGACGGCGGUUUCUCCUUAUCCGAGCCGUCCUUUUUUUCUUCGUUCUCAACUCCGUCUCCCUCGCCCUUUACAUCUUCGUCCACCCCAGGCACACCCCUUCUAGCGAAACCCUAACCCAAAAACUACGCCUUUCUACUCUCAAGCCCUGGCCCUACCUUCCCUCCUUCCUCCCAUGGAUUCCUAAUACAAAUCCUCCCCUUAGGUCAUGCGAGGCUUACUUCGGCAACGGCUUCUCCCACAAAGUUAACGGCUUUGGCGAAGGCGGCAAUGGCGGGUGGUUCCGGUGCUUCUAUAGUGCGACGCUUAAGAGCUCCGUGUGCGAGGGAAGUCGCGUGCGAAUGGAUCCUAGGAAGAUAAUGAUGUCAAAGGGAGGUGAGAGACUGGAGUUGGUGAUGGGGAGAAGGGAAGAGGAAGAGUUGCCGAGCUUUGAGGACGGGGCGUUCGAGAUCGAGGGAGAUCGGCGCAAGAGAAGUCAGGGGGGAAGGGUUGUGGAUGAUGAAUUUUUGGAUCGCUAUGUGCCACGGAAUGGUAUAGCGUUUCAUGCAAUGAGAGGAUUGAUGAAAUCGAUGAGGGUCGUUGGGCCUGGAGAACUCCAGUGCUCCCAGUGGAUUGAAGAGCCAACAAUUUUGGUUACGCGUUUUGAGUAUGCAAACCUUUUCCACACCGUUACAGAUUGGUAUAACGCUUAUGUCUCAGCCAGAGUUACAAAUUUGCCUAAGAGACCUCAUUUGAUAUACGUUGAUGGUCAUUGCAAGGCUCCGUUGGAGGAAGCUUGGGAGGCACUCUUUACCAAUGCAAGAUAUGCCAAAAAUUUCUCAGCUGCUGUAUGUUUCCGCCAUGUCAUUCUUUCACCUCUGGGGUAUGAGAACGCCAUGUUCAAAGGGCUUUCUGAAUCAUUUAGCUGUCAAGGAACGCCUGUGAACAAUCUCAGAGAGAACCCUGAUAACCAAAAAACUUCUCGGUUGUCAGAAUUUGGAGAAAUGUUGAGAGCAGCUUUCGAACUUCCAACCGAUGAAAACUCAAUUACAAAGCCUUCCACAGCUCAUAAUAUCCUUUUUGUUCGCCGCGAAGAUUACUUGGCUCACCCUCGUCAUACCGGAAAAGUGGAAUCUCGGUUGACCAAUGAACCAGAGGUUUUUGAUUCAAUACAGAAUUGGGCAGCAAACCAAACGAAAUGCAGAUUAAAUGUCAUCAAUGGUCUCUUUGCUCAUAUGAAAAUGAAAGAUCAGCUCAGGGCCAUUUAUGAAGCUUCAGUUGUUAUAGGGGCUCAUGGGGCUGGUCUUACGCACUUGAUUUCUGCUAGAUCGAAAACAAUUGUUCUUGAAAUCAUCAGUAGUCUAUAUAAACGUCCACAUUUUUCGUUGAUCUCACAUUGGAAAGAUCUUGAAUAUCAUGCUAUUUAUCUUGAUGGAUCGUAUGCUAGACCAAAAGUAGUCAUUGAUGAGCUCGGCGGCAUUGUGAGAAGCCUUGGGUGUUAAGAAUUGGAAUGCCCGAUGUUUUACCUGACUAAGCAGUAAACCCUGGUCAAGUUAUGGUAUUUACAUAUCUCACACCCAAAUUUUGUGUCUACACACAUAGUACUCAAAUUUUUAACAUCACAUUAAAAAUAGCAGUGUUACUCCUUUCUAAUAGUGAGGUAAAUCUUUUCAUGCAUAAGUCUAAAGCAACAAAGUGCUAUGUAUGCAAAAAUAAAAUUUUAGGUGUGGGAUAUGUAAAUCUGUAAGAAUUAUAUGCUUGGUAUGUAAAUGUCCAUUUUUUUUAUGCCAUUGCAUGGUUCCAAUGGGUGGAUGCAGGCUAAUUUUUUGCUGCAUCUUCUUAACAUUUCAUCUUGAACUCAUGAAAUUACAAACACAUUAUUUAUGAUACAACAUGUAAAGAGGAGAAAAUCCUAGGCAUAAGGAGUGUAUUCAGGAGUUUUGUUGAAGGGAAUUCCACAAAAUUUUCUCUAGUCUUUGAAGAGUGAGUUCAUGUCUUCUGCUGGUUUCUGUAAUAUCAAGGCAAUAAUGAAUGUCAAUUUCUAUUUUGAGUUGGCUAAUUCCCAUAAAAUAUGAGAUGAGCUCCUCAUGAUGUAUUCUAACUUCCUCUAUUGGGAUGUUUUUUUCACUUAUUUCUUCUUUUUUCGAUUCUAUUAAUUGUGCU